AACUCUUGAGAAUGUCUUCAUAAAUAUCACAAAAGCUAUAUACAAAUUAUUGGAGGCCACCCCUGCAAGGUUCUGACGGUACUCAAAACAGGACCAAACUAUUACUCCAGAACUCUAAUGAAAUUUGUUUUCCCUUAAUUUCAGUUUCUGUUUCUUGCAAGGCACCACUAAACCGCCCUUCCCUCCCUUUUCCCCCACUCAAAAGCAUCUCUUUCCACUGCUUAUAAAAUACAGCAGUUUCUUACAUGGAAUUAAAAGCCCUACAGGGAUUGAAAGAAAGAAGGAAGAAAAUAAAAGGUUCCGGGCCAUGGAGUUUAAGGUUGAAGAUGAGGAAUCUUGGCAUCUCAAUGACCAGAAAGUUGCUCUGCUGCAAGAUAUGCCGAGACCACAAACAGGACAGAGAACUCCAAUACAAAUGGCCAUUAGCCAGACAUUUCAGAGCACAGCCCAUCUAGCUAAUCUUUUACCUACUGGAACGGUUCUCGCUUUCCAAUUUCUAUCACCUGUUCUCACAAACAAAGGUGAGUGUGACCCAGUCAGCCGGUUCAUGACUUCCAGCCUCCUAGCCCUUUGUGGCAUGUCAUGUUUUCUACAGUGCUUCACCGAUAGCUUCAGGGACAAUAAUGGAAAUGUUUACUCUGGGUUUGCCACCUUCCAGGGUUUGUGGAUCAUUGAUGGGUCAGCCACUCUCCCACCCGAACUUGCAGCAGAGUAUCAGUUGAGAUUUAUUGAUUUCAUCCAUGCCUUCAUGUCAAUACUUGUUUUUGCAGCCAUUGCACUGUUUGAUGAGAAUGUGGUGAAUUGUUUCUACCCAACACCAUCUGAUGAAACCAAGGAGCUUCUCACAUCCCUGCCAGUAGGUAUUGGUGUCUUUUGCAGUAUGUUGUUUGUUGUAUUCCCAACCCGACGCCAUGGAAUUGGCUUCCCUCUCUCUGCUAAUUAAUAAUUUCUUUGUUUACUUCAUAUAAUACACCUCCAUUCUUCUCUAAAUGGUAAAACUCUACCCAUUCAAAUCUA